AUGUCCGGGUCUUCGAUCAAAGUUGCUAUAAUCCAGCUACAUCCUCAACCUCACCAAACAGAGUCAAAUCAGGCCCGCGCUAUUGCCUAUAUUCGGAACGCAGCUCGUGCCGGUGCGAAUCUCGCAGUGCUCCCCGAGUACCAUCUCGGCGACUUCUUUCCCGAAGACCCCAAAUUUCGCGACCAAUGCGCCAAUUGGAAGCAAUACUUAGAUGUAUACCGUGAACUUGCCAAGGAAUGUAACAUCUGCAUUGUACCCGGGUCCGCAGCAGAGCUGUAUCGCGACGAGAAGACCGGAGUAGAGACUAUAUUCAACGUGGUCUACUUCAUCGACAACACCGGCGCCGUGAACGGCCGGUACGAAAAGAAAAACCUCUGGCACCCAGAGCGACCCCAUGUGAAGAGUUCACAGAAUGAUCCGCAUGUUGCUUUUGAUACACCACUAGGAAAAGUCGGGAUGCUGAUUUGCUGGGACGUGGCGUUUCCAGAAGCAUUCCGUGAAUUGACAAGCCAAGGCGCGAAGCUCAUCAUUGUGCCAUCCUUCUGGAAGCUCACCGAUUGCGCGCCUCAGGGAAUUGCGCACAACCGGUAUGCAGAGAAGGUCUUUCUCGAUGCGGCGCUUAUCAGUCGAGCGUGCGAGAAUACAUGCGCCGUUGUCUUUUGCAAUGCGGGUGGCCCGGAGGGAGAGGACUUUGCGGGGUUGUCACAGGUCACGGUCCCUUUCUUGGGUUGUAUUGGGAGAUCUGACACUUGUGAAGAAGAGAUGAAGAUUGUUCAUUUGGAUAUGACGAUUUUGGAUGAUGCCGAGUCUGUGUAUAAGGUCCGUCAAGAUAUGGCUCGACCUGAUUGGCACUAUUCAUAUAGAAGAAACUUGAACGUCUAG